CCCGGUGCGCGGUCUGGAUUAACCGCGCAGGAGAAGCGUUCACGCCGGAUGGAUCAUUGGCUAGACCGCUGCUAUUAAACCGUCUGUGGCCGGGGGGGAAAAAACGAACUUUUACUCGCUACCAAGCUUUUUUUUUUUUUAAACAAUUAUCCAUAUUUGAAGACGCGACUGCGAGCAGACUCGCUGAUAGGAAGACUGGAAAGUGAAUUAAAAUGUUUCGUUGAGAAGACUGGGAAUUUCGGGCCACACUGUGUUUUAUUUGUUUGAUUAAACUAUUUUUAGCCGGUCUGGGAAAGCGUUUAUUGUUCAAGUUUAUGUUGGUUUUGUGAAGGAAUUCUUGGCGUGACUCCUGCGCGACGGCGGCGGCUGGUGGGGAAAGAAAGAAAGAAACCGUGGCGGGACGCAGCGGAAGUAGGGAAGAGCACAUUUAAGUGUGACGGCUUCCUAUCGCUUUCUCUUCGGCGGGGAUUCUUCUCUAAACGGGCGGAUGGAGGGAUGAGACGCGGCGAUACAGACGACAAGACAGAAGAGGGCGAGGAGGAGGUUUGAGCCCGCCAGAAGCGGACGCAACUGGAAGAGUAAACCUUUACGGAAUUAACGUCAAUCCGAAGGGAUAUUGCGCAUAUUACCCACGCACACAUGUAUUGAUGGCCAAGUUGGAACCUAUUUGGAGUUACCAGCGCCAAGGAUUGGGAUUUGGAGAGAUAAUUGCACCCUGAGGCGGUGGUGGAAGAACGGCAACAUCACAAGACACACGGCGAAGAGUCUUUUCCCGGAUUUUGCCCUCCAUGAAGAGAAAUCCUUAUACCGGUACCGCUGCUAUUACAGUAAUAUGGUCCGUUUGACACCAGCCUUGGCAAAACUUGCUGAUGACAGCAGCGUGUGAAAAAAAAACUGAAGAGUUUCACCGGCACCCUCAUCAAUACCAAUCUACGAUAACAUGUGAAGCCUCAAGUAGACUGACGUCUUCUUUCACAUCUCUCAAGGUGUCCGGUUCGGGUGGAGUGGUGACCAUGGAGAGGCUGUUGCUGUGUGUGAUGUUGGCAGCUGCCAUGGCAGUACGGGCGCAAAUCUGCCCGAAGCGCUGCGUUUGUCAGAUCCUGUCACCCAACCUGGCAACACUUUGUGCCAAGAAAGGUCUACUUUUUGUUCCGCCUAACGUCGACAGGCAUACCGUGGAACUAAGGCUGGCUGACAACUUUGUCACCAGUGUGAAGAGGAAAGACUUUGCAAACAUGACACGGCUGGUGGACUUAACGCUAUCCAGAAAUACUAUCUCCUACAUCACACCUCAUGCCUUUGCAGAUCUGGAGAACCUCCGAGCCCUGCAUCUCAACAGUAAUCGUCUGACGAGGAUAGGCAAUGACACCUUCAGUGGGAUGUCCAAGCUUCACCACUUGAUUUUGAACAACAACCAGCUGGUGCUAAUCCACCAGGGAGCUUUCAAUGACCUGCUGGCACUUGAAGAAUUGGAUCUCAGUUAUAACAACCUGGAUUCUAUUCCGUGGGAGGCCAUCCAGAAAAUGAUUAGCCUCCAUACCAUGAGUUUGGACCACAACAUGUUGGACUAUAUUCCAGAGGGGACAUUUUCUUUGCUACAGAAACUCAACCGCCUUGAUGUCACAUCAAAUAAACUUCAAAAGCUCCCACCGGACCCUCUUUUUCAACGUGCACAGGUUCUGGCCACAUCUGGGAUCAUGUCCUCCUCAACCUUUGCAUUGUCAUUUGGGGGAAACCCUUUGCAUUGCAACUGUGAGCUACUUUGGCUGCGAAGGCUUAACCGCGAGGACGAUUUGGAGACGUGUGCUUCACCCCAGCACCUCUCUGGAAGAUACUUUUGGUCCAUUCCUGAGGAGGAGUUCCUAUGUGAACCCCCGCUUAUCACCCGAUACUCACAUGAGAUGAGGGUCCUCGAAGGGCAGAGGAUCUCACUAAGGUGUAAGGCACGAGGUGACCCAGAGCCGGCCAUCCACUGGAUAUCCCCUGAUGGCAAACUGGUUUCCAACUCCUCCAGGACUCUGGUCUACGCCAAUGGAAGUUUGGACAUCCUCAUUAGUACUGUGAAAGACACAGGCUCCUUCACCUGCAUCUCCUCCAACCCGGCUGGCGAAGCCCACCAAACCAUAGACUUGGUUAUCAUAAAACUCCCGCACAUAUCUAACAACACGAACAACAUCCAAGAGCCCGACCCUGGAUCAUCGGACAUUUCCACAUCCACCCGAAGCGGAUCCAACGGAAGCAAUGUAACCGGCGACGUGAAGGCUGCGGUCGAAAAGAGGGUGGUGAGCGUGGAAGCCACCUCGUCAACGGCGUUGAUCAAAUUUAACUUCCAGAGGAAUAUUCCAGGCAUUCGGAUGUUCCAGAUACAGUACAACGGGAGCCAAGAUGACUCACUAGUGUACCGAAUGAUCCCUCCAUCCAGCCAGAGCUUCCUGGUCAACAACCUGGCAGCGGGAAGCCAGUACAACCUAUGUGUGCUCGCCAUCUACGACGACAUCAUCACCUCCCUGACUGCAACCCGCGUGGUCGGCUGCGUGCAGUUCACCACAGAGUCGGAGUACAUGAGGUGCCAUUUCAUGCAGUCCCAGUUCCUCGGCGGGACUAUGAUCAUCAUCAUUGGAGGGAUUAUAGUGGCUUCUGUGCUCGUGUUCAUAAUCAUCUUGAUGAUACGGUAUAAGGUGUGUAACCCAGGAGAGGGUGUAAAAGGCAUGUCAAUGUCGAUGACCACCGUUCACUCUCAGACCAACCGGCAGCAGUCCCAGAGAUGCAGUGUGACUCCCAGCACCUCCAAGCAAGGCUCAAUCGGAUUGGACGACUUCUCGGGAGGCUCGAAGAACAGGAGCGGAGGGAUGGGCGGAAAAGAUGUGACGACGCUUUCGUCCAAUUCCUCUCUGCCAGACGGCUCCACCGCCAUGUCUGUUCUCAGCCAGCAAUGGACACCGGCUGAGGAGCCCGGUGCCGAGCGAGUUCACUCCGCCGUCUCCUCGCCCACCGCCACCAGCUCGCUGAGCAGACCCAAGCGGAAGCCGGCGCUGGCUAAACCAGGCUCAACUUGUUCAAACACGUCGGCCGGCGCGGAAAACCUCCCCUGUUUGUCCCCUCGCUCCUCCUCCACUACUUCGUCCCUACUUCCCACGCCUUCCACCCCUCUUGAUACCCUCAACACCAACCGCAACAACUCCACCUCGUUUAACCAAGCUCUGCCUCCUCCCGCCGCCAGUCCCAACGUUCGCUACCGAGAAACCCCCAUACUGCGCCGAGCUCCGCGCGCCCACGCCUCCGCCGCCGCUAAGUACCAGACUCUCCCAGUGGAGGAGGGCGGGCGGAGCAGGGCGAGGAGGAGGUACUCGCUCAGCGAGGGAGGCUCCAAGACACUCUCGUCCCAUAGAGGGCUUGCAGGAGCACCAAGGUUAGGACGCAUAGUGCGGGACAAAAGGAGUCAAUCCAUGAGCGGGAUGCUUCUCUCCAAAGAAGGGGAUGGAGACUCCAGUAGAGGGCGCUGUGAUUCGGACUGGAUCUUGGAAAGCACAGUUUGAACUAAAACCAGAGAAAAAUCACACACUCUUAUAUAUUUUCAUCUGUUAUUUUGGGAGUUUUGACUUGACACCGGUGUGCGUGUGUGUGUGUGUGUGUGUGUGUGUGUGUGUUGUUUCUAUUUAGUGUGAGCAUAUUUGUGUCCAUGUUGUUUUGCUAAGGAUGCGCGGCUGAGUGUGCAGUUGUCCAUAUUUGUUUUUUCUCAACGUCAUCACCUUUCACCGCGAUUCUCCGGUUUCUACUCUGACAGUCUGGAGCAAGUGGGUUAUCUUGCCUGGUCUGGUCCUCAGCUCGUCUCGUCGGUUCCACUUUAUAGCACAAGAAGAAAAGAAGACAAUGGGCUCGUCACCUCAUUUCCCCGGUACUUACCCACUCCGUCUGCAAAUAACACAAAAAAGGGAAUUCUUGCUUGGGAAACAAACAAAAAGUCCCGUCCAAGAACUACGGACAGUCACACCCCGACAGGAAGUGUGUCGACAGACAGCAGCAGGUGCCUUCUUUUGCACAAAGACACUCUUUAAUUGGAAGUGGAUCUCCAAGAUGCUCCACUGAGCAAAGAGCGGACAUUCAGAGGAAGACAAAGUUUUCACACAUAGCCUUUCUUCCCUACCUGAGGGAUAACGGUGACAAAGACACAUGACCAGGUGGCGACUUUAUGGACCUCAUAUGAAAGGGAUAUUUUUUAAAAGGGAAGAAUAUAAAAAAAAUAAAUCAAUAAAAAAAAGCUUUUCACUGACAUUGGUAUACUACAGGUUGGUCACAAAGCUCAUGUACAGAAAAAGACAACAUGUACUGUGUUGUUAUGUUGUGUCAAAUAAAACAGGUUUGAUUUCAAAAAAGGUAA